CGCCUGCUGGCCGGGGUCCUUCCUCUCCUCGUCUAUCCGAGGGUCAUGUACAAAACCGCAUUGUCCUAAAAAAAAUAAGCGCUGCUUAAGAUAGUAUUUAGUUAUAGAUUGUUUGAAGACAUGAUGGGCGGUAGGACGAGUGCGAUAGCGGCCGGUGUCGGCGCAGCGCUUUUGGUUGGUUACUGUAUCUAUUUCGACAGGAAACGAAGGAGCGACCCAAACUUCAAGAGCAAGCUGAGAGAACGAAGGAAGAAGCAGAAAGCAGCACAGGAGAAAGCAGGACUGUCACGGCUACCGGAUCUGAAGGAUGCCGAAGCGGUUCAGAAGUUCUUCCUGGAAGAGAUUCAGCUGGGAGAAGAGCUGCUGGCGCAAGGAGACUAUGAGAAAGGAGUGGACCACCUGACCAAUGCCAUAGCAGUGUGUGGUCAGCCUCAGCAGCUGCUCCAGGUGUUGCAGCAAACUCUGCCUCCACCCGUCUUCCAGAUGCUCCUCACCAAACUGCCCACCAUCAGCCAGCGCAUCGUCAGUGCACAGAGCUUGAGCGAUGACGACAUUGAAUAAGACGAGGUCCUUUUGAACACGUGACCCUCCCUGAGUGCAACCUUCUCCCAGCCGUUUCACUCCUCCAUGUUUAAAUUACUGUUUCUUUGUAUUCACUGUGCAAAAUAACCACCAAACAAUCCAAUAGAAAAGUUUCCUAAAAGGCAGUAAGAGCCUGUAAAUUAUACCACCCAGAUGUCUAGAAAUGUCUUUCAGCGUUUUGGUAACUAUUUUAUCAAAGUGAUUUCGAUGUUUGUGCUGUCCACACACACACAGGAGUUAUUGUUUUUGAAUGUUGUAUAAACGGAUAAGAACGAAGCAUGAUCUUCUGAUUUCUUUAUUGCAAAAAAAAAAAAACAGGUCAGCGAAUAUGCAAUGCACGUUAAUAACAGUUCCUGUGUCACGGACAAUAAGUUUACAUGACCCAACUCAGUCUCGUAAACCCUGUACACUGCACAUUUAUGCUAAUACACUGACUCUGCUUAUGGAAGGCUUUUCAUAGUUAACUGAUAAAAGCCCAAGAAAAGCGGACGCUGCUGCCACCACCAUGCUUCACCAUGAGCAUGGUGUUCUUUUGGCAAUAUGGUGUUUUUUUGCACCAUGCAUACCAUUUGGAAUUAUACCUUUUGGAAUUGGUUUCAUCACACCAUAACACAUUUUGCCACAUGGUUUGGGGUGAUUGUAUGAUUGUGUUUUGUUCUAUACAUACAGUACAGUCAGACUUUGCAAAGCUCAGAGAGCUCUGGUCUUAUUGUUAUUGAUCAAGAAUUGUGUUUAAAAAUAAAUUAAUAAAAAGAGCAGGGGACUUAACUAGAGGUAUGCAUCGGGACUGGGAUAGCACGGGAACCCAUUAAAAAGUUGCAAGAGGUUUUUAACUCUUAUGCGAGUGGGCCACAACCUCAAACUCAACUAGACAGGCCAUGUUCUUUAAAAUGAGCGCAAAAUGGACAUGGUGUGGUGCUCACACAUGUUUACCAUCAUCUUCAUGUUUAUCAUUCAUCUUCAAUGUCUUCUUUAUCCUGGUCAGGGUCCUUGUGGUUUAAGUGACUUAUUUCUUUAUUGAAAUUGGCCCAGCUAAGUAAUUACCAAGUACAAACAGGCUGGGAUUGGUCAAACUUUCUGAGGGGGUGGCCAGGAUUGGUCAUAUGCUGUGUUCUACCUUCUAAAAACCCUAAAUCAAAAUUUCCGACCGCGUUUGUCUUGAACAAAACGCCGCCUCAACUCAGGGUUCCUACUCAAACUUCUCCUCAACCCUGAGUUCAGCACCUGACAUCAUGUCAACAUGACUGCUCACACCGACAUCGGUAAAUGAAAUAACACUUCGCUAUUUUAAAUGAAUUAACAAUACUAUUUACUUUAGAUCAAUCAGCAUAGACACAUUAGUUGGUUAAAUCUAAAACACCAACUAUAGAGUUUACUGUUUUGAGAAAGUAAAUUCAUCAUGAAGUCACUAAUGGUGGCUGGCUUGUACAGAGCAAAACACUUUCAUCGAGGCGUCCAUGGUUUUUCCCAGCUUGAAGAAAAUGAUGCCACUCUGAGUUAAGCCUUCCUAGUCAGAUUUCUGUGGGAAUGGGCAUGGAUUUAAUAAAAAAAUAACCCACACCUAUAGACUGGUCUACAAAGCUCAGUUCAUUUGCCAGGAACCUAGUGCUGAGCUCAACAUUAUUUAACUUAACUCUAUUUGCAGUGAAUCUCUAGAGAUCUUCAGUGAAUGAAUUCAGCUUUGUAGUACAAACCUAUGUCUAUAAAGCAAAACUAGAGUUCCAUUCAUGUGUUUUUUCCUUUAUUAUGUAUUUGUCUGACUCUGCAGUACAUUUGAAGGUGUUUGUGUUUGCUCUUAUGGAGGUCAUUAAUAUAAUGGAGUCUUUUUUUUUUUUUUAACAAAUAAAAGAUGGCUAAAGCUGA